AUGUUCAAACUCGUUGUAGUCCUAUCAGCGGCGCUUCUGUGCGCCCUGGUUCAUGGGCAAGGAGAUCCUGUUGUCGAGAAGAUGGACGUAUUCCGGUUGCCAGAAAACACAAGUCCCCUUUCGUAUGUCUUGUGGUUCGCUCCAAAUUUGAGUGACUGGACGGUCACGGGUGUGACCAAUAUAACGGUAAAAAUAAAUGAUAUCACUAACAGGAUAACAUUAAACCUCAAGGAUUUAAACGUGACUGGCGUGUCGGCUUCGUUACACAUGAAUUCCGGGUCCUACAGAAAUGAGCCGAUCAAAGAAUACGUGAACCUAACAAAAAAUGAACAAUUUGAAAUUCGAUUACAAAAUAGUAUACCCAAGGAUAAAAUAUUGCUCUUAAGUAUUAAUUACAAGGGAUAUAUUCGAGACGAUAUGACCGGUCUGUACAAAAGCUCAUACAUUGAAAACGGAUUGAUCAAGUGGUUGGCCGUGACGCAAUUUGAACCGACGUACGCGAGAAGAGCGUUCCCGUGCUUCGAUGAACCCAAAUACAAGGUUCCGUUCAACAUAUCAGUGGUGGUACGAAAGGGUCUGACGGCAUUGUCGAAUAUGCCUAUCAUGAAAGUAGAGAGUGGUCCAGAAAACGACACGGUUUACUUUAGUAAAACUCCGGCGAUGUCUACUUACUUGACGGCUAUUUACGUAGGUGAAUUCGUGCCAGACAAAAAAAAUUCAAACAUAAAAAUUUACACACAUAAAGAAAUGCAAGAUCAAACUGAAUAUAUAGCAACCGAAGCUCCAAAACACCUCAAAGUACUGGAAAAAUACACGAACAUCGAUUACAUGCUUCCUAAAAUGGAUCUGUUGGCGAUACCCGAUUUCCAGGCUGGAGCGAUGGAAAAUUGGGGAAUCAAUACUUACCGAGAGAGCUAUCUGUUGAUGUCAAGUGAUUCGAAAGCAAACAUGAAAAUUCGGUCGUCAGCAGUUGUGCAACACGAGUUCACUCAUCAAUGGUUCGGUGACUUGGUAACUUGCAAAUGGUGGGACUAUUUGUGGCUGAACGAAGGUUUCGCACGGUACUUCCAAUACUUCGCAACCGGCAUGGUGAGGACCAGUUGGUCGAUGGAUGAACUGUUCGUGGUCGAAGCGUUUCAGAAUUCAUUAGCAUACGACCAGACACCUCGACAUCCAAUAACCGCGACUGUGAACACUCCCGAAGAGAUCGAAAACGUGUUUGACAUCAUAUCGUAUAGUAAAGCGGCGUCGGUUCUGAGAAUGUUGAAGUACUUGGUGACUGAAGAUCUAUUUAAAUCAUCCCUUCAAUAUUAUUUGAACACAUUCAGUCAAAAUGUAGCAGAGCCUUCAGAUUUGUUUGCAUCAUUCGAUAAUGUUUUAUAUGAAGCCGAUUAUUUCCUCGGAAAUGAUUUGACAGUCAAUGAAUUCAUGUCAAAUUGGACGUUGCAAUCAGGGUACCCGGUUCUAAAUAUCACUAGAAAUGCAACUACAAAUACAUUUUUAGCGACUCAAAGCCAAUUUUACAUUAAUAAAACCGAUGGAAUCGUUAACAAAACGGCGGCAUGGCACAUUGGUCUCACGUUCACCACCAGUGCGGACAAAAAUUUCAGUUAUUUUCAACCGCCCAUUUGGACGAACAAAACAUCGGCGUUGACCGUUAUACCAACUCCUGAUAUACUCGUAGAUAUAGAUUGGUACAUAUUCAACAUACAAUCAAUCGGUUUGUACCGAGUAAACUACGAUUUGGACAAUUGGAUGGCGCUGAUAAAGCAGCUGAACAACACACCCGCCGAUAUCCAUGUGCUCAAUCGCGCUCAGCUCAUAGACGACGCGUUCAAUUUGGCAAAAUCUGGCCAACUAGACUAUUCAGUUCCGUUGCACUUGUCCAAAUAUCUGAGGAACGAAUACAAUAUUACGCCGUGGUAUUCGGCGAUGAACGGUUUCGCGUACUUGUUAGAGCGCAUGCCUCGUAGUGACGAAGGAUACGCAGACUUUAAGUCUCACGUUAGUAGCUUGGCUGGGACCAUAUAUAAUAAGCUAGAAAAUCUCGUGUCGAAUAAUAAUGCUGAGUAUAAAGUGUUGAGUGCUUGGGAAACGUUUUCCAAGUGGGCGUGUAGGUUGGAGAACAAAUAUUGUACAGAAAAAGCACAGGAAUAUUUCAACAAAUGGCAAGCAGGAGAGAAAAUACCGGCCGAUAUCAAGGACGCGGCGUUCUGCGUCGGAGUAAAGAACAGCAACGGUCCAUCGGUAUUUAACAAGAUGUUUGCGUUGUACAACAACACAAAGUCAAUCUCAGAAAAAUCUUCCGCUGAGUUCGCUUUAGGAUGUUCUACUAACAGGACACAAUUAUCUGAGUUUAUAAACCAUAUUUUAGACGGACCCAAAGGACCAAUCAAGAAAAACGGAAUUAAAUCUGUCGUAUCUACAAUAUCAGCGACUUCAUUGGGUCUCGAUGUGUUAUAUGAAUUUUUGUCAAUCAACAUAAACAAAACUUUAGAUCAACUAUCCAAUGGUGAAGAAAUUGUUACAUAUAUUUAUUCUACUCUUGCUUCUAAGAUGACAAAAAAUGAUGAGAUCGAAAAAAUCAAAAAAUUGAAGAACAAUUCAACACUUCGAGCUUCCGUACGAUCGUCGUUUGAAGAAUCAUACAAAAAGGUCGACCACAAUUUGGCAUGGUUUGAUAGUUAUUCUGUUGGAAUUAGAGAAUGGACGACUCAGUAUGGAAUAAAGGAAACCGUGAUAGAAACCUCCACAUCAAAGUCCGCGACGGUCAUUCCAGUUGGCUCAAGCACUACUAUUUCUCCUGUAACGACUCAACAACCGUCUGGUGCAACUUUGAACACGUAUAGUAGUUUUGUGAUUGUACAACUUAUAAUCUUAACAUUAUUAACUAAAACGUUGAUUUUAUAAAAUUAAAUUAUAUGAUCCUAAAGUUGUAUUACAAAUUACAA